GCCCACACCACCACUGCACAGUACACACACCACUGCUCCCUGCCUCAGCUCGCUCCCCCCUCUCUCUCCGUCCUCCAAUGCGAGAGGCUCCCGGGGCGCGCGAGCUCUGAAGCCCAUGGCAGCCGCGGCCGGGAGCCCUUGGCGCAGCGCCGGACCCGUCGCGGCCCUCGCCCUCCUCCUACUACUCGCCGCCGCGCCCGCGGCCGCCGCCGGCGGGUCCGCGGCCGUGAACGGGGACCGCCUCCGGGCGGAGCAGAUCCGGAAGCAGGCCUCGGACGCCGCCGCCUCGGCCGCCGCGCUCGCCGCGGCGUCGCGCCGCCUCCACCUCGACCGCGCGCGCCACCUCCGCCUCCUCUCCUCGCUUCACCGGAACCUCACCAACACGCUCCGCGCCCUCUCGCUCGCGGCCGACUCGGACCCCUCCGCCUCCGACCCCGCCGCUGCUGACGCCAACGCCUCGUCCCCCCGCCAGCUCGACCUCCAGGCCAAGGACCUGAUCCGCGCCGCGCGCGCCGCCAUCGCCGAAUCCAAGCCGCUCUUCGACCCGCAGCUCAAGAUCCAGCGCCUCAAGGACGCCAUCUUCGCGCAGAACGAGCUGCUCGCGCGCGCCAAGAAGCGCGGCGCCUUCGCCUCCCUCAUCGCUGCCAAGUCCAUCCCCAAGCCGCUCCACUGCCUCGCCGUCCGCCUCACCGCCGAGCGGAUCGCGAGGCCCGAGCAGUACGCGGACCCGGUGCCGCCGCCGCGGGCGCUCGAGGACCCCGCGCUCUUCCACUACGCCAUCUUCUCUGACAACGUGCUCGCGGCCUCAUGCGUCGUGCGCUCCGCCGUCGCCAACUCCAACGACCCCUCCAAGCACGUCUUCCAUGUUGUCACCGAUCGGAUGAACCUCGGUGCCAUGCAGGUGAUAAUACGCCGAAUGGACUUAAAAGGUGCACACUAUGAGGUUAAAGCAUUUGAGGAUUACAAAUUUCUGAACUCCUCAUAUGUCCCUGUGCUCCGGCAACUGGAGUCUGCAAACCUUCAAAAAUUCUAUUUUGAGAACAAGCUUGAGAAUGCCACCAAAGAUGCUAGCAAUAUGAAAUUCAGAAAUCCCAAGUAUCUAUCUAUGCUCAAUCACUUGCGAUUCUAUUUGCCGGAGAUGUACCCGAAGCUGCACCGUAUUCUUUUCUUGGACGAUGAUGUUGUGGUACAGAGGGAUCUUACAGGACUGUGGAAGAUUGACAUGGAUGGGAAAGUGAAUGGAGCAGUAGAAACGUGCUUUGGGUCUUUUCAUCGGUAUUGGCAGUACAUGAACUUCUCACAUCCCCUUAUCAAAGCAAAGUUUAGUCCUAAUGCCUGUGGAUGGGCAUAUGGCAUGAACUUCUUUGAUCUUGAUUCUUGGAGGAGGGAGAAGUGUACUGAGCAGUACCAUUACUGGCAGAAUCAGAAUGAGAACCGGACAUUAUGGAAGCUAGGAACGCUGCCCCCAGGCUUAAUCACAUUCUACUCCACCACGAAGCCUCUGGACAAAUCCUGGCAUGUUCUUGGGCUUGGGUACAAUCCAAGCAUCAGCAUGGAGGAGAUCAGGAAUGCUGCUGUUGUGCAUUUCAAUGGUAAUAUGAAGCCGUGGCUGGACAUCGGUAUGAACCAGUUCAGGCACCUUUGGACAAAGUACGUGGACUACGAUGACGAAUAUAUUCGUCAAUGCAAUUUUGCACCACCAUAGAAGGCUUAAUUAUCUAUGUAUCCAUUCUUCAAUGAAAAACAAAGAAGUUUGGCAAUUAGAACUAGUGACUGCCACUGAAGGGUUACUGCCACUGAAGGGUUACAUGUUCUGUAAGCACAUUUUGUGUAGAGAUUCAAGGAGUUUGUCAAGUACAACUGAAGGGUCCACAAUUCUUUCUCGCUUAUAAUGUACGUCACCGAUUAAGUUAUAAUGAAAGUAAUGUUCGCCACAUGAACAUUAUUUUCGUUAUGUUUGUAAUAAUGUUUUUUUAGUGCGUUUGUAAUAAUGUUAUGUCUGCGAUAGCGUGUGUAUGCCGAAGUCAGAUAUAUAAUGUUCAUGUGGGUCCAAGAACUGAACUUUCAGUUAUGUAUCCAAUCAUUAAUAAAUGCAUUUAGAAGAGGCUUUACUAGACUA